AACAUAUUCUAUGUUGGUAAUAAAGAAAAAUAAUCAUAAGUGACAGCAAAACACUUGCUCUUCUUGUUUGUGAUUAGCAAAUAAUUAUGAAGUAAGUAAUAAACAAUCUGAGGUCAUAAUUUGAUAAGAGUCAUCGUCAGUCAUAUCACAAGAAGCAGUGUCAGCACUGAAUCACUGGGGCAUUUCUCAAAGUUCACACCUGGAGAGGUUCAAUUCACACGUUCAUUUUUUCAUGUUGUUUAAGCAAUAAUGGGGAUUUAUGGUUUAUACAGAGCGGCCAGUUGUGGAGUAAUAAACCCAAGGUUGUCUAAAGAUUAAACAAUGACAAUCUUAUCGCCUUAUUUAAGCACACAAGCGGUUCGCUGAGGUCUAACUGAGCAUAAAGGUUAUUGAUGUUAAACAUUUAGUUAAAGAUCUGAGAUCACUGAAGUCAGUACUGCUACAAUAGAUCCAUUAUUAGGCAAAACAACACUGCAUUGAUCCCUGUCAGAUGCCAUAAAACCACUGUGCUCUGUGUUUCAGAGCCUCUGCCAGUGACCAGAGUCUGGUGGCAAUCUGAUGUAAUUAUUAACUCAUUUACUGUGGGGCCAUAGAAACCAGGGGUGAACUCCACGCUGCCUGCGUGCUGGUCGGCGGCAGCGUGCAGUUCAAACUGGGAAUUUCAAACUGGGAGCUCAAACCGGGAAGGAAACGGUGACGGUUCACGUGUUUUCAUAUCGGACGUUUACGCGUUCGACGUCAUCUUAAUGCCGUUUUAUCAAACUUAUGAUAAACACAGGCCAUAGUUCAGAUGCUGUAUAUGUGCUGGACUCCCUCUCCACAUGCCGCCCCUCCUGUUACACUAUAACCUGAGUCUGAGUCAAUCCAGCCCGUGGGUGGACUCCUCAACUAUUUAAUCUGCAACAAUUGCCAUAAACUAAAGCCAGCGCCAUAAAAGUAGGUAGAAGAUCAUCUGUGCGGUGCAUGACUCCUCCUUCGCUCUGAGAGCUCACUAGACAACACUUUAUCUAUCAGCUGCGUGUAUUGACCUCAGACUGUACCUGAACCAGCUCCGGUGAAGAUAACGUCAGAUAGUGGCCUCAUACUUACAUUCACGGGGCUUGUGGGAGCUGAUGCUGAUGACUUGGAACAUGGUCUUGUCCCAUUUAACAGGGGAAUGUUCAAACACUCCCAUGGCUCAGGGAGGAUGGAAGUGUCUGUUACUGUUUAAAUAUCGGAGUGAAUGAUUAUCCCAACAAGUCAGGGAUUUGAGCCUCCUUGUGUCUCAAGACAAAAAAAACUGAGACUUGAACUGUAACUCCGGCACAAAUGGAGGAUCCAAGCGCCCGAUCCAAAGAAAUGUGGAGCGAACAGACUGUCUACCCACACAUGAGUAGCUGCUGCUGAUCUGAGUCCAUUGGCCUGAUGCAGAGUCUAGCGAAGCAAGCAGAGACCUCUGGUGGACCUGCGAGGGAGCACAGGCUCCAUCAGGAAUAGUCCACCAAGCAGUUACAGCCGGAAAGGCAUGUGUGGGGGAUAUGAAGAAGAACACUGACCCCACACCCACAGUGGCAUGGUGGACUUCACCAACAGCAGCCUCCUGGUCCAUCCUGGUUAAAUAAACAUAUACAUAAAAAAAUGGGAAGUGGAGAAGCAGCUGUUCAAACACUAACAUGCAAACAUGCUGGUUUGUUGGGGGAUUUCCAGUGGAUCUGCAAACACGGCACCAGUCUCUAUUCUGAGCUGGGCUUCAACCAGAACCAGAACCAGAACCAGGAUGCAGCCUGUUGUGUCGUGCUAAAAAAAACCUGUCGCUACCCCAGAUGCUAAAAUUAGAACAUCUCAAACCUCCCUGACACCUCUGCCACAAACACAUGUCACUGACUCAGUCCCUUUUAUUUUCGUUGCCCUAAAUAAGCCAACACCGACUCCUGACUUAGCUCCAAAGCCAGGCAUUAAUAAUUCACAGAUGAACUCUCUCCUGCUGGCGAUCAGAUGAAAUCAGCUUUGUCCCGUUGGCCUCGUCUAAUACGAAUGUAAGUCUGACGCAGAGACACAAUCAAAGGAAGCAAAUACGACCCCACUUUCCACUUUUUGAUUUCUUUUUUUUUUUUUGUAAACAUGGUUUUUGUGUCUAAAGCGUCAUUUCACAAGGAUCGAAGCCACGUCUGCCCCCGUUCUCCCGAACCGGUUACAUCAUGGACAGUGAUGCAACCGGUUUGGGAACACAGGGGCAGACGAGAGGCUCAGAGCUGGCGCGCUCUGGUGGUGGGACGGGAGAGACGGAGGCUCCGCCCCCUGCCAUAGGCUGACACCUGUUCCCCACGUUGUGUCAGUGGCAGCGAGCUCUGCUCACCAUCUGUGUCCAAAUCAGAGCACAGGGCUCUGACUCUCUGACUCUCAGCAUCACCUGCGUCGGGAAGCGAACGGCAGGCGGGGACUCUUGGUGGCAAAGGCAGCGAGAGGGAAGCGCCGGAGAGAGCGGCUUUGUGCCUCUGGAGGACGUAGACCCCCCACCGAGCAUGAGAGAGGGGCAGUAGUCUAGAUGACAGAGCGGCACCAUGUCCACCAACGGCCAGGACCGAGAACCUGACAUUGAGCUUUUUGUCAAGGCCGGCAGCGACGGCGAGAGCAUCGGAAACUGCCCCUUCUCCCAGCGCCUCUUCAUGAUCCUGUGGCUGAAGGGCGUCGUGUUCAACGUCACCACCGUCGACCUCAAGAGAAAGCCGGCGGACCUGCAGAACCUCGCCCCGGGGACCCACCCUCCGUUCCUCACCUUCAACGGGGAGGUCAAGACCGACAUCAACAAGAUCGAGGAGUUUCUGGAGGAAACGCUGAGCCCCCCGAAGUAUCCCAAGCUGGCCGCCAAGCAGAGGGAGUCCAACACGGCCGGGAACGACAUCUUCGCCAAGUUCUCCGCGUACAUCAAGAACACCAGGCCGGAGGCCAACGCCGCGCUGGAGAAGGGUCUGACCAGGGCUCUGAAGAAGCUGGACGACUACCUGAACAGCCCGCUGCCGAGCGAGAUCGACGCCAACAGCGCGGAGGAGGAGAAGGGCUCCAGACGCAGCUUCCUGGACGGCAACGAGCUGACGCUGGCCGACUGCAACCUGCUGCCCAAGCUGCACAUAGUGAAGGUCGUCGCCAAGAAGUACCGCAAGUACGACAUCCCGUCCGACAUGACGGGCGUGUGGCGCUACCUGAAGACGGCCUACACGCGGGAAGAGUUCAGCAACACCUGCACUGCCGACGCAGAGAUCGAGACGGCCUACAAGGACGUGGCCAGGAGGCUGGCCAAGUAGCCCCCCAGCCCCCGCACUCAGACACACACGCACACGCAGACACACACGCACACACAGACACACACAGACUAACAUACACACACACACGCACACAUAUAUAUAUAUAUAUAUAUAAAUACACACACACACAUGCAAACACACACACACACAGCCCUUAAAGGCCGCACACGUGACUUUUCAGCAGCCUGUCGGACCGGCGGCUCAGACGCUGCGUUCAGGGCCUCCGCCGCCCCAGAUGUGAUGGAUUUCAGGGGUUCGGCGCUCGUGUAUAAUGUGGCCCCGUGAUUACAGAAACAGACGCUGCAAAACAGAAGUGUAGCAGAAGAUAAAUCAAGCACAAUUAACUUCAAAAUUCUCCGGCCAGAUCCGAUUCUGCUGCAGCGAGGCCUCCGACAUAAGACUUUUCACUCAAACGUGAUUGUGUCUGUCUGUGUUUAUUUCUCAUAACACAAAGCUCUCUUUCAUACGCGACCCGCUGGCCCGCGCGGCCAAACAUUUUACUAGCUGCUGAUGUCAGGGUCGUUCGCUUUAUUUAUUCCUAAGCCACAGUCUAGUCUCGUCUGACUCCAGUGUUUAUUAUCGAGCUCUGGCUCCGGCCGAGACACCUUGAUUCAUCUGUGACUGAUGUUCCCGCGUGUUUGCUGAUCGCGCCGCUUCCAUUCGUUAUGACCUGUCGCUCUCGUUCACUCCUGCUUCUGAAAGACGAAUAUAUAAAAAUGACACGAUCUGUCGGUGUUUGUUGAUGAAGACUAAGCUCGACUUCUAAUCGAACCCUGAUCUAGACUCAGUCUUUGCUUUACGUGGGAGUAUCACGCCUCCACCUCGAUGUCACUGAUGGACUCACAAUGAAAAAUGCGUCGCAGCCAGAGCUGAGACGUUUGUUUUGCCUCUAGCUAUUAGUGUUCAGUCGCGCUAUUGAUUUUGUCUUAAGUUACAUGAUAUUAUGAAUGGAGAGAGUAUUUAUUUAGCAGCCCCAAUCAGGCCUGAUUAGGUGGAGCCAUUAGUGGCGCGAUGAAAAGCGUCUUCCAGGCCGGGUCCUCGCUGGUCAGGAGCGCUGCCCUCCAGCCCUUCAUCAAAGACACAUUUCCUCCGCGUCUGCGCCGAGGAGGCGAUGGGCUCUCGCGGCCCCGGAGCUCGGGUUCAGGCGUCCGGGCGUCCAAGUGGAGGCGGAUGAGGACGUAUCUGGGGGCUUAUCGUCUUUGGCUCGGCGUCGGGCUGCAGCUACAGCGGGACUUCCUCGGAGAGCCGUGAGGCUCUGGUGCGGUUUGGACAAACAUGUGAUAUGAAACUGGAGCGUGAUGACUUGGCUUGCUCGCUGCAAAGCUCUACAAAUAAAACAAUAUUUUCACA